AUGCAGGCGUGCACUCUUCUCCUUGCGCUGACUUCCUGCGUUGGCUAUGUCACUGGUGCACCAGAGCCCUACGAAAGGCACCAGUCUCGCGCGGAGGCGGAUGAGUGGUUUUCGGACCCUUUCUACCCAUCGCCAUGGAUGAAUCCUCACGCUGAUGGAUGGGAGACUGCCUACGGGAAAGCCAAAAGUUUCGUCUCGCAGCUGACCUUGCUAGAGAAGGUCAAUCUGACCACUGGUGUCGGCUGGGAGAACGGACCCUGCGUAGGCAACACCGGCACCAUUCCUCGACUUGGAUUCAAAGGUUUCUGUAACCAGGACUCCCCCCAAGGGAUUCGAUUUGCCGAUUAUGUUUCCGCUUUCACAUCUGGUCAAUUGACUGCUGCGACUUUCGACCGUUCUCUUCUGUACCAAAGAGGUGUUGCUAUGGCCCAGGAGCACAAGGGCAAAGGCAUAACCAUGCAACUUGGCCCUGUUGCCGGUCCUCUAGGCCGGAUGCCCGAGGGUGGCCGCAUGUGGGAGGGCUUUGCCGCUGAUCCAGUUUUGACCGGGAUCGCCAUGGCAGAGACAAUCAAGGGCAUGCAGGAUACUGGCAUUAUUGCGUCGGCUAAACACUAUAUCGGGAACGAGCAGGAACAUUUCCGUCAGGUCAGCGAGGCUGCCUCGCAUGGCUACGAAAUUUCUUCGACCUUGUCUUCGAACAUCGACGAUCGUACCAUGCAUGAGCUGUAUCUAUGGCCUUUUGCCGACGCUGUUCGCGCCGGUGUGGGUUCGAUUCUCUGUUCCUAUACGCAGAUUAACAACUCCUACGGCUGCCAAAACAGCCAGACUCUGAACAAGAUCCUCAAGGGCGAACUCGGCUUUCAAGGAUUUGUUGUCAGUGACUGGGCAGGCCAUCAAUCUGGCGUAUCCUCUGCCUUGGCUGGAAUGGAUAUGUCCAUGCCCGGUGACACCUCUUUCGACACGGGUCUCAGCUAUUGGGGAUCUAAUUUGACGGUCGCCGUUCUCAAUGGCACUGUUCCCGAGUGGCGGAUCGACGACAUGGCCAUGCGGAUCAUGGCUGCUUAUUUCAAAGUUGGCAACACCAUCGAAGAUCAGCCGGACGUCAAUUUCAAUUCCUGGACUUCUGACACCGAUGGCUUCAAAUAUGCAUACGGAAAGGAGGACUACGAGCAAGUGAAUUGGCAUGUCAACGUGCAGGGUAAUCACUCAAAGCUUAUCCGCGAGAUCGCUGCCAAAGGCACAGUGCUACUGAAGAACCGUGGCGCGCUGCCGCUCAAGGAACCGAGCUUCGUUGCUGCAAUUGGGGAGGAUGCUGGGCCUAGUCUCCAGGGUCCCAAUGGUUGCGCAGAUAGGGGCUGUGAUAAUGGCACCUUGGCUAUGGGCUGGGGAUCUGGAACAUCGCAGUUCCCCUACUUGAUCACUCCUGAUUCUGCUAUUCAGGCCCAGGUCGUGGAGUACGGCGGCCGUUAUGAAAGCGUCCUAGACAGCUGGGACUCUGAUGCCAUCUCGUCACUGGUGUCACAGCCUGAUGCCACCUGCCUGGUUUUUGCUAACUCGGACUCUGGUGAAGGCUACAUUACCGUGGAUGGCAAUUGGGGAGAUCGUAACAAUCUGACUCUGUGGCAGAACGGUGAGGGCUUGAUUAAGCAAGUCAGCUCUCUUUGCAAUAACACGAUUGUUGUCCUGCACAGCGGCGGUCCUCUUCUAGUGGGCGACUGGUAUGACCACCCCAAUAUCACGGCAAUCGUGUGGGCCGGUCUUCCCGGCCAGGAAUCUGGAAACUCGCUUGUCGAUAUUCUAUGGGGCAAGGUCAACCCGGCUGGCCGUUCCCCAUUUACCUGGGCCAAGAAGCGCCAGGAUUACGGCACGGACAUCCUAUACACCCCCAACAAUGGCCACGGUCCCCCACAGCAGACCUUCACCGAAGGAGUUUAUAUCGACUACCGCCAUUUCGACAAAGAAGGCAUUGAGCCCAUUUUUGAAUUCGGGCACGGUUUGUCUUAUACCACAUUCAAGUACUCCGACCUCCAGGUAACCAAAAAACCUGUGCGCACCUACAAGCCCGCGGUCGGCACUACCCAGAAAGCGCCUUCUUUUGGCACGAAUAGCCACGAUCUGUCGAAGUACAAGUUCCCGGAGACGUAUCGUUACAUCUUGGCUUAUAUCUAUCCUUACCUCAACACUACCUCGUCCCUCAAAGCCGCAUCCCAGGAUCCCGAAUAUGGCCGAACGGAUUUUAUCCCCCGGCACGCGCUUGAUAGUUCGCCGCAGAAACUGAACCCGGCAGGUGACGCAACAGCCAGCGGGGGCAAUGAGAUGCUUUAUGAUGAGAUGUACGAAAUCACUGCCAAAAUCACCAACACCGGCCAUGUUGCAGGUGACGAAGUUCCGCAACUCUACGUGGAACUCGGAGGCGAUAACCCCCCACGACAGCUUCGCGACUUUCAGCGUAUUCACCUCCAGCCUGGCGAAACUGCCACUUUCCGCGGUACGCUAAACCGUCGCGAUUUGAGCAAUUGGGAUAUUGUGAGCCAAAACUGGGUCGUUACGGAAGAACCAAAGACUGUUUACGUUGGUGCCUCGAGUCGCAAGCUGCACCUGAGCAAAAAGCUGCAUUAA